UUAUUUUGGUCAAAGUUCAGGCCAUACGAAAAUAUUAACACUUUAAUCAAUGUAUGUAUUAUAAUUUGAUGCAUUUAUUAAAUGUGUGAAUUUGGAAAAUACAUGUUUUGGAGGUCUAGGUUGUUUUUUUUAUAAAUAAAAAGUUGUACACUGUUCAUAAUCAAUGACAUAUUUACCCUUCGUUUACUAAGGAUAGAUGGGUUGUAGAUGAGAACAAUAUUGGAAUAAAGAAGAGUUAUAGGGAACAAAUAUGAAAUAAAACUUGGGUAGACACUCCAUUGUUAUCAACUCACCUUUUGAUGUGGACUGAUAAUCCGCCUAAUUUUGAGUGAUUGUAGGUGGACCCAUAAAAAAUGUAAUACAUAUAUUAUAUCUCAAUUUAACCUAAAACACGACUUGAUCUUGACAUUACAUGUAUUUGCUAAAUAUUUCACCUGAGAUUCCAACCUCUAAACUCAUAUUAGUCUUGAAAAUCACCACUAGUUGAGUAGGGAUGUUAAUUUGAACCCGCCUCGCAGGGUAUUUUACCUGACCUAACCUGUGAUAGGACGAGUAUUACCCGCCCUGUAGUAGAGUGGGGCGACACAUGGGUAUCCACUUUCGACUGGUACUACCCCAUUUUUUACCCAUGUUAUCGCAGCUUCUUAUAGUGUCUAUCCAUAUUUCUCCUAUUUUGGCUUUUUUCAACUAGUUAUACUCAAUUACCCGUUCUAUUAUCACUAUUUUUCAUUCAUAGUGUUUUUUCCCUUGUUUUAUCGUUAAGAAUAAAAUUUUGCGUUUAUAUUUUUAAGAACAUGUUAGAGUGGAUUAACUCUCUCCACCCCAUACCUACAUGAAUAUUACCCAACCCAACUCGUAGUAACAUGGGACGUAGAAUCGAAAUUCACUUGACUCGGUUGGCUAACGGGCGAACUCGUGAUUAUUAAUUAAUCAUGUUAAACCGGAAAGAUAACCAAAUCCGCAACCCGACCCGGGUGUGGGCCCAUAAUUCUUGCCUCCUUUUCCAAACUUCCUAUACUGCUGUUAUUGUUCCAGCCUCGACGGACGAACAAAGCUUGAAAAUUGAGAAACCCUAAUAAAUCCUAAUUUGCCCACAGCCCAUUCUCGCGGAAACCCUAAAUUCACCAAUUCGGAUACGGAAUACAUCUCCCGAGGGGCCAGAUUCGAGCUCUGAUACGAUUAUUGCGAAUUAUUUUAAUCUCAGUUAUAAAAGGGUUAAUGUGCGACGAGUAGAUGCAUGUCGGUGGAAUUCCGGUGGAUCUGAAUUGGUUCCUUCGAUUUAUAUUUAGCAUCUUUUUCAUUGCUGGGGGAUUGCUGUACCUGGUCAAGAACACGGCGUCGAAGUACUUCGAGGUCGACGCCAGUUUCGAAGGCGCCGGUGGUGGCACUGGCGGUGCCACUGCUGAUCGGAAUCGGUCAGUGCCGUCGAUUACAAUGGAGUCGCCGGAGGAGCUUUCUACCUGCGAUAAUUGUGGCAAGUCUGGCAAGAAGAAGUGCACCCGUUGCAAAUCUGUUCGAUACUGUUCGAAGGAGUGUCAAACAUCACAUUGGAAUUCUGCUCAUAAAUUUAAAUGCAAAGAACCAAGCAAAGCGAAUUCAGCUCUUAUACGAAAACCCAAUAGUGGUAAACACUUUUCUGGCAUUGCGUUGGUUCUUGAUACUCAAAAGCGCUUCAAGAAACCUGGGAAGGUACUUUUCCCGUAUGAGGAAUUUGUUAAAUUAUACAAUUGGGACAAAACGUUUCUGCCCUCUGGACUCUUAAAUUGUGGAAACAGUUGCUUUGCCAAUGUGGUUCUGCAAUGUCUGACAUACACAAGGCCAUUGGUUGCAUACCUGUUGGAGAAAGGCCAUCACCGAGAGUGCAGACGUGAUGACUGGUGCUUUUUGUGCGUUUUUGAAUCCCAUGUUGAAAGAGCCACCCAAAGUCCACAUCCCUUUUCCCCAAUUAACAUACUCUCCCGCUUGCCUAACAUUGGUGGUAAUCUUGGCUAUGGGAGACAAGAGGAUGCCCAUGAGUUCAUGAGGUUUGCCAUUGAUACAAUGCAAUCAGUGUGCCUUGAUGAAUUCGGUGGAGAAAAGGCAGUUGAACCGGCUGCUCAAGAAACGACUCUUAUUCAACAUAUAUUUGGCGGGCACCUGCAGUCUCAGGUGAUGUGUACCAAAUGCAGUAAUAUCUCAAACCAGUUUGAAAACAUGAUGGAUUUAACUGUUGAAAUCCAUGGAGAUGCCACUUCUUUGGAGGAAUGCCUUGAUCAAUUCACAGCGAAGGAAUGGCUUCAGGAUGACAACAUGUACAAAUGUGACAGUUGCAACGACUAUGUCAAGGCAUGGAAGCGUCUUACUAUUCGAAAAGCUCCAAAUAUUCUUACAAUCGCUUUGAAAAGAUUUCAGAGUGGAAGAUUCGGAAAACUUAAUAAGAGGAUAAAUUUUCCCGAGACGUUAGAUCUUAGCCCGUACGUGAGUGAAGGAGAUGGCAGCGAUGUGUACAAGCUAUAUGCUGUCGUUGUACACAUAGAUAUGCUAAAUGCAUCAUUUUUUGGCCAUUACAUUUGCUAUAUCAAGAAUUUACAGGGAGACUGGUUCAGAUUUGAUGACUGCAAGGUUACACAUGUGGAGUUGGCCGAGGUACUAUCCCAAGGAGCUUACAUGCUUUUAUAUAGCAGAGUUUCUGCUCGACCAUCGUGUCUUAGAACUAGCACACCUUCAAAGAAGGACCGGGCGCAAGAUACUGGGAAACAAGUGAACUCUCUUAUGAUCGAAAAUGGUGAGAGUUGUGCACCAGUAGAGCUGAUGGUGAAUGAGCCAACCACUUCUGUAUCACCUCAAUCCGAGAGAAGUUUCGAAGUUGUGAAUGGGGUUAAGGAGGAAGAUGCUCCAAUUUUCCAUUCAAGCUCCCCACUUCCAGAAGUUAGGCUUCCCCACGAACCGAGUUCAUAUUCUUCAGAUGACCUGGAAACAGCUGGAACUAUUGCCAUUAAAGUUGGUGACCUGGAAACAGCUGGAAAACAAGUGAACUCUCGUAUGAUCGAAAAUGGUGAGAGUUGUGCACCAGUAGAGCUGAUGGUGAAUGAGCCAGCCACUUCUGUUUCCCCUCAAUCCGAGAGAAGUUUCGAAGUUGCAAAUGGGGUUACGGAGGAAGAUGUUCCAAUUUUCCAUUCAAGCUCCCCACUUCCAGAAGUUAGGCUUCCCCACGAACCGAGUUCAUCUUCUUCAGAUGACCUGGAAACAGCUGGAACUAUUGCCAUUAAAGAUGGUGACCCUGAAACAGCUGGAACUAUUACCAUUAAAGAUGCACCAUCGUCUGCCUUCGAUAAUAUCCCUGCAGCAGCAGAAGAAGAUGCAACGGAUUCUGAUUCAUCUGUUUCCGUGGAAGGUUAUGGAAAUCCUUCGACGACUACAACUGCCAUAGAAGAACGAGAAGGUUCGAGAUAUGGAAUGGAGGUCAAUGUUGACGACGACCACGACAUCCAGCUUAAUGACGAAUUGCAUCCACUCUCGGAAAAACAUCAUUGUCGGGAACACGAGCUCCACGAUUCAGAUGACGACGACAGAACUGGAACGACAAGAUCAGCAGCAGCAGGGGUAACAGAGUGUUGUUGACAGUAUCAAGGGCGCGCAUCCCUCUCUCACUAAUUUUGAUUGUUGUUCAUAUGAUUCUUGUGACAUUUCCCGUCUUAACGAGAGAUAGCAGCAGCGACAAAGGCAGGAAACCCGGUAGAGAUGGGGGAUUAGAUUGUUGGUGUCUGGGAUUUCACUAUUUGCAGAGAAUCUCAGGUGUUAGUGUUGACUGUUACAACAUAAGAGGGCUGAUGUGACAAUGUUAGUAGGAACUGAAAAUUCUUUUGAGAAGCUGCUUCUAAUGUUUGAAUUUCUCUGGCUUUGUUACUUCCACCGGAUUACAAUACUUUCUUCGGCAGUCAUCCUUUUGCUUAUAGCAUUAUAUUGUUGUUUUUGGGCGGAGGUUUCUUUAUAAUUGCUUAGGAAAAAUAUUGUUUCCCAUUUUGUGGUGGACGAAUAGAGACAUUACAACUACUCAUUCAGAAAGUGUUUUAAUAAUGUGUGUUUUGGGGAACCAAAACAGAGCCUUGAUUAAUAAAUAAUAAUGGGUUUCUAUCUUGCAGCCUAGUUGUUAUUAAACAAAAGGAACCGACCAAGGAAACAAAGAUCAAACGCACAUGUGUACCUCAUACUAAGAAAAAAAUAAAAUUGUACAAAGUCAGUAGUAGUGUAAGCAGAAAUUAGUUCUGGACAUGUGACAUAAAAAAAUAAUUAUUGUAAAAUAUCACAAAAACAUAAUGAAUUACCAAAAGUCAGAGAAAUUAAAUAGUAAUUAGUCUGUUCGUGAUGGUGGCUUCUUUUGCAUCUCGAGUAAGUAUAGAGUCGAGAUAUCACAUAUUUUUAGUAAAAAAAAUUCUAAUUAACCUUACCAAGAGGCAACCAUAUAAAAAGUAUCCUCAAAUUUACUCAUUGAAUCGGGUUUUUGGAGAAGAAAACAAGGUAGUGAAUUUUAUAUUUGUAUUGUAGUAAACUCUGUUGGUGAGAGUCUGAGAGAGGAGGGCACAUGAACGUAGAGAAAAAGGCAGUGUUGGUGGUGAAUUUCUGGGGAUUUGCAAAUAUAUGCACACACGUGUCACUCAUGCACGCGUUCUUUGUUUUCCCACAAAGUAACAAAAGACGUGUUUCUUGUUUGCAUGAGUCCACGCCAAGGUUGUCAAUCCGCGGGUUGACCCGAACCCGGUUGAGGUAGUGGGUCAAGGGUUAAUGAAUCACUCGUUUUAGCCCGGAAAUAUGAAAAGCGUCAUUAUAUUGUACUUAUCCUGAUAAAUUAUAUCAAAUUUCAUCUAACAUAUGAGUUAUAACAUAUAAUAUUACACCAAAAUAACAUUUCGUACUUAGAUUCAACAUAUAGUGAAAAUUCACACACACUUAUAUAACAUUAAUAUUCAAAUGUUCAACUUAGGAUUCCAAAGAUUGAGUUAGGCGAAAAGAAAAAUCGGAAAAUAGGCGCAUUUCGCAAAACAAAGAAAAAAAUGACACAAUUUGACCUCCAACCCGGUACCUUGUGGCGGUCGACCCGGCGGGUGCGUGCGGCCCGUUUUUCUCACCGGGCCAGGGUCAAAAUGGGUCAACCCGCGGGUCGACCCGCGGGUUGACAACCUUGGUCCACACGUUAUAUAUAUAUUUUUUAUGUUUUUUUUUACUUCGAACUCAAUAGAUACAGUAAAAAAGAGAUGGAGAGUGCCACAUUUGAAAAAAGAUGGAGAGGAUUGGAUCAUAAACUGACGAGCUCUUAAACGAAUACCUAAAAUUAAUAAUUUACAAGUAUUAUA